GUGACGCGCGGCCCAGGGGCGGGGCGCGGGGCGCGGGGCGGGGCCCGGCGGAAAGUGCUGAGUCACGGCCUGACGCGGGCCGCCGCCAACCCCGGUCACGUGCUGCGCCGGGAACACAAGCUCCUGCCGCCGCUUUCGCGCACUGCGUCCCAGCGCCCUCGCCGCCUCCGCCUCCCCGGGGGCACCUGCCGCGCCGAGAGCCCGGGGCCGGCGGCGGAGGAGGAGGCCGCGGCAUGGGGCUGCUGUCGCAAGGCUCCCCGCUGAGCUGGGAGGAGACGCAGCGGCACGCGGAGCACGUGCGCCGGCACGGCAUCCUCCAGUUCCUGCACAUCUACCGCGCCGUGGCCGAGCGCCACAAGGACGUGCUCAAAUGGGGGGACGAGGUGGAAUAUAUGUUGGUAGCUUUUGAUCAUGAACAUAAGAAAGUACGUUUGUCACUAACUGGAGAAGAAGUUCUUCAUACACUGCAAGAGAAGGGGGAAAGAGUAAAUCCCAACCACCCAACACUUUGGCGUCCAGAAUAUGGAAGCUAUAUGAUUGAAGGGACACCUGGGCAGCCAUAUGGAGGAACCAUGUCUGAAUUUAACACUGUACAAGACAACAUGAGGAAACGACGGCGGGAGGCUGCUUCUGUGUUGAAAGAAGAUGAGGCUCUUUGUACUGUGACAUCAUUUCCAAGAUUAGGAUGUCCAGGAUUUACGCUACCGGAAUGUGAGCCAAUGCCAGUAGAAGGAGGUGCUUCAAAGUCUCUCUUCUUUCCAGAUGAAGCCAUCAACAAACAUCCUAGAUUUAGUACUCUGACAAGAAACAUUCGACACCGAAGAGGAGAGAAAGUAGUGAUAAACGUACCAAUAUUUAAAGAUAAGAAUACUCCAUCACCAUUUAUAGAAACAUUUCCUCAGGACGAUGGAGAAGCAGCAAAAGCAGCUAAACCAGACCAUGUAUAUAUGGAUGCCAUGGGUUUUGGAAUGGGCAACUGCUGCCUUCAGGUAACAUUCCAGGCUUGCAGCAUUUCCGAAGCAAGAUGCCUUUAUGAUCAGCUAGCCACAAUCUGUCCUAUCGUGAUGGCAUUAAGUGCUGCAGCUCCCUUCUACAGAGGCUACGUGUCGGAUAUUGACUGUCGCUGGGGAGUAAUAUCUGCAUCAGUAGAUGACCGAACACGAGAGGAGAGAGGAUUGGAGCCACUGAAGAACAACCAUUAUAGAAUCAGUAAAUCCAGAUAUGAUUCCAUAGACAGUUAUCUAUCUGAAUGUGGUGAAAAAUACAAUGACAUUGAUUUGACAAUAGAUAAAGAAAUCUACGAGCAUCUAGUAAAGGAAGGCAUUGAUCAUCUUUUGGCACAACAUAUUGCACACUUAUUUAUUCGAGACCCGUUGACUUUGUUCGAAGAGAAAAUACAUCUAGAUGAUGCAAAUGAAUCUGAUCAUUUUGAGAAUAUUCAGUCCACAAACUGGCAGACUAUGAGAUUUAAACCACCUCCUCCGAAUUCAGAUAUUGGAUGGAGAGUAGAAUUUAGGCCCAUGGAGGUUCAGUUAACAGACUUUGAAAACUCUGCGUAUGUUGUUUUUGUGGUAUUGCUAACCAGAGUGAUUCUGUCAUAUAAACUGGAUUUUCUCAUUCCUUUGUCCAAGGUUGAUGAAAAUAUGAAGGUAGCCCAGAAACGAGAUGCUGUUCGGCAGGGAAUGUUUUAUUUCAGAAAAGAUAUUUGUAAAGGUGGAAAUGCUGUGGUAGAUGGAUAUGGCCCAGCACAGAUUGGGAAAGAGACAGAUGCAGAAGAGUACACCUUGAUGAGCAUAGACACAAUCAUCAAUGGGAAGGAUGGUGUCUUUCCUGGCUUAAUCCCAAUUCUAAACUCUUACCUCGAAAACAUGGAAGUGGAUGUGGACACAAGAUGCACCAUUUUGAACUACCUGAAAUUAAUUAAAAAGAGAGCCUCUGGAGAAUUAAUGACAGUUGCUCGGUGGAUGAGGGAGUUUAUUGCAAACCAUCCUGACUACAAGCAAGAUAGUGUGAUCACUGAUGAAAUGAAUUACAGCCUUAUUAGGAAAUGCAACCAAAUUGCACAAGAACAAGCGGAAUGCCCCGAAUUACUUGGAGUAGGAUUUAACAAAAUAAAACACAGUGGAAAUAAAACUAGCUCUUCUUAAUGAAAUGCUUCAAUACCUAGUAGAAAGUGUAAACAUUCUAGUGGAGAACCAAUUACAGUACUGUGUAUCCAGUAGUUUCAGGUUGUGAAGACCAAAACAGGUAGUACUGCACCUAACAUGGGCCAAUCUGCCUAAAUAUUCAUUUAAGGCUUCCUAAAAUGGGCAUAUUCUUAUUGUUAAGGUUUAUACAAUGUACAUGUAAAUAGUAAAAUAUUUUUAUGACUAACAUCAGUGUAUUUUAAUAACAUUGUACCUAAAGUUAUUGUGAACCAGCUUGUAACUUUUUUAUGCUUGUUCUGGAAAAAAAAAUGCUGUCCUGAACAACUUCAUAAAUGUAAUAUAAUGGUACUUGUAUAUUAUAUGCAUUCCAGAUAUUGAAUGUUCACUGUAAUUUUUUGUUACCUGGAAUGUACUAAUCUACCUAAUUUUAAAGAAAAUCUUAGGACCUGAUUCACAGAAUUUCCCUUUCCAUCCUUUGUUGACUAUAAAACAGAAUAAAUUGACAUGUUCCCUUUUUGUUCAUCUUUGCGCCAGUCCCUUGGCUACCACAACACCUGCAUGCACUCAUCAACCACAGACCAGUAGAAUCUGCUCAACGUCUUCACUCAAAUAUGCAAAAUCUGCUCAUUUCCUGAUGAGCAGAGCCUAAGGGAUGGCCUGACAAGGCUCUUUUGGACAACCACACCACAUGCACAAAAGCUUCAGAAAUAAAUGCAUCCUUUACUGGACAUAGUUUUUCAAUUCUGGUAAAUUCCUGUGCUUUCAUGGGUGAAAGUCUUUCAAUUUAAACAUGGAGAGAGUGAGAACUGGAAUGUUAAAGGACUGUUUAUGUGAAAGAUGAAAUGGCUGAGAAGUCUGCUCUAUUUUGUGCUGCUCAUUAGCUUUUUUAUUUUUUUUUUUUCCCCCCCAAUUGCUGGUGUUCCUAAAGUCUACAGAGUGGUGCAACACAAAAUCAAGAUGAGAACCUAUAUUAAUUCCUUUUCUAGCCUAAGGCUCUCCUCUAUCCCUGAUUUUACUAAAUGUUUCCCUGGUCAACACCCUAACUUACUAAUAACUAUUACUGAGCAUUGUGAGCACAAGUUAAUCCCUGCAUAAAAUCAAUCUAAAGAGAAAUCAUGGAAUGCACUAAUCCUUUUGUGAACUGGGAACCUGCAGUUUAGAGAGAUUGUAAAUAAUUUAGAACUUGACAUUACAGCUGUAUAUAACCUAAAUUUAUGGGGAUUUCUUAAUUUAGUUUAUUAAAUGGCUUCUACAAUUGACUUGCUGUAUGGUAGAUUAUGCAAAGUUUAAUACAAGCAUAUAUAAAUAUCUUAAGGUGUAAUAAUUUUAAAAAGAAACUAAUGGAGAAAUUGUAAUGAUGUUGCAUCAGAAAAAGCUUUUAUGUAUCAAUAUUAGAACUUGUGCUGUGUUCAUAGGUGUGCUUUAGAGAAUGAAAGAAUGCCUUUUUUGUUUCUGCUUUUGGUGAACCUUUUUUAAUCAAGAUGUAGAUGGCAGGUGAUCUGCUUGUUAGUUUGUGGAAUAAGGAAAUAAAAAAUGAACUUUGCAGUA